AUGUCUGUCGAUUGUUUUACUUCUUUAUCGAAUAAGAAUCGCGUUCCCUGGUUUGCGCUCGCGAACAACCUGUACCAUGGUGAAGACCUUACUUGGGUUGAAGAGAAAAUCUGCACGAUAUACAGUACACGCUUGUUCCAGUCGUCGAAUUUGUUGCAGCCAAAAGUCUUUCACAGCACUUGUUUGGUUGAAGCAUCACGAUUGUCUAUUCUGAUAUCCUACUUGAGCCAGACAAUCUGA